CACUGACGCUGCCUUCAGGUACAUCCCCUAAAUAGCAAUCAUCCAACUUCACAUAACUUGAUACACAAUUGCGUUUGCUAUUACUUUAAUCUGAGACACAUCGAUAUUUACAAAAUAGCUUUUUUUGUUACAGAGUAGAAAACCCUAUAGCUCCAAUGCUGAGUUCCUCCCUCCCGUGAGGAAAAGAUAAGGCUGAAAGUCAAUAUUGCUAAAGGGACUCAUAAUCAACUGACCUAAGGAUGCUGUUCAUUUCCUUUUGUCCUCUUGCCAGUUUUUAACAUAUAAUCUUCACCCUACUGCGGUGUUGUUUGGCACUUAAUUAAAUUUUUAAUGUACUUUCUCAUCAGCAUUUCGAUUUUCCGAUACAUCGGGAAGGCAGCACGCUGUGUUGGUUGAUUGUGUUAAAAACUGCAAACCAGCUGAGUCAGAUAGCCUAUUUUAAGUACAGAUAAAACUCUUUCACUUCAGUGUUAUGCAACCACACAGUAACGGACAGGUGGUAAUGGAUCAGCUAACACGCUAAAAAUGAAUUACUAGCCUUUAUAAAGUAACAAGGGAACUGCUGCAUCAACAAAUGCAUUAUUGUAGGAAUAUAUAAUUAAACAGCACUUGAUGAGAAAUACUAGAGUCCUAAUGGACCACAAAUUUAUGAUCUAACCGCAGACUGACGUUAUUAUAUAGCCUGUAUGAUAAAUGUGAAAAUGUUCAUCUGUCUCUCAGUAGAAUGUCUAAAAUACCAUAGAAAAGUCAAAAAUUCAGCAGCUCUCCUGCUAAAUUGUUGUAUUUACAUAUCUGUAGGGCUAUUUUGGGGGUUUCAGGUUGAGGUGACAGGAGUGUGCACACUCAUCAGAGACAUUGUUGUCGAUUGAGACAACCUGGAUCACACUGAAAACUGCAGAAAACCUGUGUUACGAGGCAACUUUAAAUGUUUGACAUAAAGGAUAAAUCAACUCGCACAUAGAGUUUUUGGCAACUGUGAGAGAGACAUAUUAAUUUGUUGUUUUAAAAUUAUGUCUGCAAUUAACAAUUAUUUUUAUAGCCAUUGUGCAAUGUGCCUUCUGAUUUCCUGUUUUGUCCAUCCAUCCACCCAUCCAUCCACUUGGGGUUAUUGACCCUGCCAGGGGGCCGCUUUCGAGCAAUGUUUUCCAGUUCUGGGUGGGAACUAGAAAAAUUGGAGAUCUCAAGAUGUUCCCAGGUCAGAUGAGAUAAAUAAUACAUCCAGCAAGUUCUCGGUCUGUCCCACGAUCUCCUUUCAGUUGGGGAUGCUUGAAAACCUCCAAAGGAAGGUAAUUUAAUCAUUGUCAUCAAUCUCCUAUUUUCAAUCUUUACCCUGAUCAUAGGUAAAGAUUGGAAUGUCGAUUGACUGGUACAUUAAGAGCUGUGCUGUUAUGCUCAGCUCCCACAGCACAGUCCAGUGCAACAUCUGAAUUUCUGCUUAUGCUGAACCAGUCUGUCAGUUUAUCUCAUCCUUCAUUUUCCCAUCAUGUUUCAAAAAGAUCCCGAGAUAUUUAAACUCCUUCACUGAGAGCAGCAAUUCACCCACCAAUAUCAAAAACAGGAUCAGAGACCCUGGUGAUGUCCAACAACUCAUAGCAAUAGCCCCAGUACCGUCACAGGAUCCCUCCAGAGACAUAACUGUAGACCUUGUAAGUCCACAAAACACAUGUGCACAUGAUGAUCAACCUCACAUGACCUGCUGAGAAAUUCCACAAUAAUAAAGAAUCAGUCCACUGCUCCAUGGUCAGGAUGAUUUCAGCAUCAGUCCUCUUGAACUCAAAAUUCAGUGAUCAGUCUCUCCCAUCCAACAGCUUGUUUGGUCAGCAAACCUAAAAUCCAAAGCUAGUCUCAUCAAACAGAGAAGCAAGAAGUAGGGAAUGUUUGGUUUGGUAUUUUUGCAUGAAAAAAACGCUCUUCAACAAAUAAGCAGCUGCUGAAAUGGUUAAGGAUAUAUUUUCUGUCACCUGACUAGUCAAUUAAUCAGCUAACUGUUUAAGCUCAUUUAAGAUUAUUGUUCAAGAACUGCUGCAAAAGCAAACAUGUACAACCUCUACCCUGCAGAAUGUUGGUUGCAAUUGGUAAAGGCAGAAAAUGUGGUGUGCUGGUAGAUAGUUAAUUAGUUUGAGGGGCUUGUCAGAGAAGCCAUACUGUGUUUGCCUGCUUAAAAUGGGGUAUUUUGAAGCAAAUGUAAGUAACUCUGGGUGGUUUUUUUUUGGAUGAUGUUGAAAAUUGAGCAAAAAGCUAUGAGUCACAUUUGAUAGCAGAUGAUAUUAAGUAUUGUACAGUGUGGACAUGGUUAAACAAGUGAGCAGUGCAACACAGAAAUGCUCAUUUAUGUCAUUAGCAAUGCAGCCAUUCACACAUAAACACACAUGCUCUUUGUCUCUCACCCUUUCAGUACACGCAAAGUCAAAAUACAGUCCAAUUUAUGCAGCCUGAGUUCUCAUUCGAAAUGUCCUCUACAUGUAGUAUCUUCAGUUUUAUUGUAUUAUUAAUGGAUUGCAGGUUUCGUGCUAUGAGGGCCGACAACACAUGAAGAAUUCAGAGGUGAGAAUGUAUAAUUGGACCAUGAUACUCCGCGUUUGACAGUAAUUGGAUAGAUGCAUUUAUAGAUGGGAGUAUUUUGCCAUUAGAGGAUAUAAAUAGAAUCAUGUAUUAUCACAGGGGAUUCAGUGUUGAAUGGCCACUGGUGUGGGUUACUAUUUUUGGUCCUAGUUACUGUGGAAACCGGAGGGCUCUGCAGGCAUCCAGUAUUUGCUGUUGCUAUUUAGUGCCUCAGCUUCAUAAGAUUGAUUCUAUAUCGCCCUUUUCUCAGUCAGUUCAACACAGAAGGAAAGAUCUGCUAAUAUACACAGCACUUAUAAAAAGUAACACAGUGUGGCUGUGUUUGUCAGAGAUUUGACAUUAAUUUACUGACUUCAGGACCAGCUUACAACUCUAUCUGCCACGUGUAACAAAGAGUUUCCUGCUUCCUAGUUUGUCCUGCUGGUUGGAGUUGAGGAUCAGAUGGAGAAACUGAACACACCAAGAGCAGAGCUGCACCAGCUCCUGAACUCUUCACUUCCUUUGGAUGUGGAGCCACAAUGGAGAUGGUUGCUGUCCAUGGUGCUGGACUCUGCUCCCUAUAAUGAACUGGCAUCUGCAGGGUCAAAUCAGGAAUUCACUAACCAGACUGACCCUCGGUGCCAAAGGUUACAGUGUAUUUUCUACUAUGCACUAUAUUUAUUACAUAUUACAUUACACACAGGUUUUUAUUGGUGACUGCUUUGCGCAUGCGAAGAGGCAACCUGGGGCCACUUGCUCGAACAGAUGACCGUAUCCAGAGCAUCGAUCGCUCUCAACGCGCACUGCUGAAAAUGCGCAUUUUUACAUAAACAAUAGACUGGAACCUGGUAACACGCAUGCCCAUUGCUUUUUUUGUUGGUUUGUUUCUGUUUAUUUUUACUUAGUGUUAUUUUUCUGCCCGCCUCUUCUGGCGCUACGCAACAAGCUGCAACGCCAAUGUGGAGUGGAAGCUGAAGAAGCAGUGCCACCUGUAACUGUGCCGCUGCCGCCGACGCCGCCGCUCCCGACUUUCCAUGCCGACGCCGAGGAUGAAGAAGCAAAACGUCCGGACCCUGUCACUGAUCCUCUGCAUGUUCUCCUACCUGCUGGUCGGUGCCGCGGUGUUUGACGCGCUGGAGUCGGAGACGGAGAGCUCCCGUAGGGGCAUCCUGGAGAAGAAGCGCAGCGAGAUGAAGAAGAAGUACCGCUUCUCCGAGGACGACUAUCACGAAAUCGAGCGAGUGGUGCUGCAAGCUGAACCCCACCGAGCCGGCAGACAGUGGAAAUUCGCGGGCUCCUUUUACUUUGCCAUAACAGUCAUCACCACCAUUGGUUAUGGACAUGCAGCACCAGGCACAGAUGCAGGAAAGGUCUUCUGCAUGUUCUACGCUGUUCUCGGCAUUCCUCUCACUUUGGUCAUGUUCCAGAGCCUGGGGGAAAGGAUGAACACAUUUGUCCGCUAUCUCCUACACAAGACAAAGCAGUGCCUGGGCUUCAGACGCACCGAGGUGUCCAUGGAGAACAUGGUCCUGGUGGGCUUCCUGUCCUGCAUUGGAACCCUGUGUGUGGGAGCUGCAGCCUUUUCCUACUAUGAGGGAUGGAGCUUCUUCCACGCUUACUACUACUGCUUCAUCACGCUCACCACCAUUGGCUUUGGGGACUUCGUGGCCCUGCAGAAAAAGGAGGACCUCCAGAAGAAGACGCCCUACGUUGCUUUCAGCUUCAUGUACAUCCUGGUGGGGCUGACCGUCAUUGGGGCUUUUCUGAAUCUGGUGGUGCUUCGUUUUCUCACCAUGAACACUGAGGAUGAGAGGCGAGACGCUCAGGAGAGGGCUUCACUGAAGAGGGACAGGGGCCUUCUGGAUGGAGGCCUGGGCCUACGAGUUGUUGGUGAGCAGAGCAGAGACAGCCACAGGGAGAGGAACAGGGGCAACAUGGUGCACAGCCAGAGUACUCUCUUCCUCCCAAUGGGGGAAGGAACCAGCCGCACCAACCUCAUCUCCUCCCCCGCCGAGGACCAGGAGAGACGAAGAAGCCCCUGCAGCCACCGGCUACAUUUUCAGAUCAAGGCAGGCAGACACAGGCAGGAGUCGAGCCUCGGCUCCCUCUGCUCCUGCGUUUGCUACCGCUUGGGGGUCUGUGACAGCCCUCUUGUGUCCCACAGUGAACACCACGGCUGCCAUAUCAAUUCUGUUUACUACAAUUCAGUCUCCUACAGGAUCCAGGGCUGCUCGCCAGGUUCCAGGGACAACACUGGACUCUCCUCCCCGGGAAGCACACUCUCACCUGGGCACAGCUUCCGGGAGUUCCCUCGCCUGAGGAGAAAGUCAGUGUAGAGAACGUCUUUAUGAGGGGAAAGUGUUUGCACAGGCUGGAAACAGUAUUUUGAAAGACACUGAAUUUUGUGUUACAUCUCUUUUGUGCACGUCCGAAGACACAGAUUCUGUUUAAUGAAUAAGCUGACUGUUGUGGCUAUUGAAAAUAGUUAAUUUGUAAAGUAAGGAUGAGUUUCUUCCAAUUUUGCCUUGACAUUAUUUAUAUUAGUGAUCUUCGGUUGCUCGCAUGUCAGCCACAGUGCAGUGCAUGCUAACUAGAAUGUAUAGCACAACAACGAGAAUGCAUGAGUGUGAUGUGAAGAUGUAAAAAGUUGGGCUUUCAUUUUACAAUUUUGACACGAAGUAUUUUGACUAUGAUGAUUAUGAUUGUAUAACUGUUCAGUGAAUGUAUGUAACAAUCCUCAAUGGAGUCUGCUCCUGCUUUAGACAAAACCCUGAAUUUUUCAUGCCAUUGCUAGAUGAUGUCAUUAUACUUUUAUAUUUAAAAAGCCUUAAAGAACUCUGACCAAGCACAUGAAAUAUGUGGCUCCUUUAUUCAGUGAAUUUAAAAAAAAUCCUUUUAUUACUCAGCUUUGAAGGUGAAGUGCACUACUGCACUCUAAUAUAAAGAGAUUAUGCCUUUUACAUGACUGACUGAACUGUAAUGGAUGUAGCACAUAACAGAUAUGUAGCAGGUUAUUAGUAAAUGUCCCACAGCUCUGGGAAAACUUGGCAUUUUCCAGCCAGGGAGAUGUUGUUUCUUUGCAGACUUGGUUUGUAGUCAGAUUCAGUGUGAGUCUCUUACAGUAUUGUUUUAUUAAACCAAAGGGAAGGACCAGUAAAUGUGUGUGUUUUAUUGUUCUCAAUGCAAGUUUGAUAAAUUCAAAAACAAACUGACUCUGUGUGAGAUUGUUAUGUUGUUGUGUUCACUUGUCUUCCUCUGUUCUGUUUUUAUUUUUUAUCAAUUGGGAUUCCUUUU